AUUGCUGGGAUGAAAAAAUAAUUGAAUAUUCUCCUUAUGGCUCCCGCUUGAUACCUAGCAACCUUUUUACCAAAGAACAAUUAGAAAUCAAAAACUCUCCCGAAUUCUAUCAAAAAGCACCAUUCUUAACUAUUGCCAAAGAAUUAUUAAAAUUAGUCCGAGAAAACAAAGUAAAACAAAUCAUUUUCCUUUCUGCCUAUGAUAAAAGAAAAUUCCCUAACGGAGACCCCAGAAAAAAGCAAAUAUUUAAAGAAACUUUCGAAAAUGCCUCGGAUUUUGAUAUUGUGAUUGAUGAUAAUCCUAGUAUUUGUAAAAACAUAGCAGAAAGCAUUCCUAAUGUUAUUGUCUGCGCUCCUCAUUAUCCGGCCAUAGAAAAUCAGCAUCAGGAAAAGCAACUAACUAUGAAUAAUGGAAGUGUUUGCCAAACUUGUGUUGAUGAAGACUUAGCCAAUUAUGAAAAGGACAAAAAAGAGGGAAGGAUUAACGAUGCGGUCAUUUUUUGCCAAGAUUGUCAAUCUCAAUACCGACAAAAAAGAGAAGAAGGAAAAAUUGGAGUUAACCCUCAUAAAUUAACUAAUCAGCACGAUAGGGCAAUGGAAUUACAUGAAGGAGAACCCUAUAUAAUUCAUGCUAUGAUUUUAACUGAAUGA